AUGCCAUAUUUCCAGCUAUUUCUCUCAAGGUACGGCUUCAUAAGACCGGUGAACUGGGAGGAGCUCCAGUUUGACCAAUCAACAGGCAUUUCUAACGAUGAAGACUUUCCCGGGGAGGAAGACCUAUCUGGGAUACAGGAGGGAGACUCGUCGUUGUCACGUGCAGAGACUGAUGAUGAUGACGAUGACUCUCCAAAUCCCACUGAAAGCCAAGCCUUCAUCUCAGCUCUCAGAGACUUCCAGAUGGUGUCCGGCCUGUCUGUCACAGGGCUGUUUGACGACGCCACCAAGGCUGCCAUGAACAAGCCACGGUGUGGGGUCCCGGAUAAGGAGACUGAUGAUGCUACUGAGGAAGUACACAACUCCACCAGCUCAGCACUUGGAAUCAACACCGCCACCUGGCUAACUAGGAACACAGACACCUCAGAAAACUCUAACAAAACAUUCGGUGGUGUUUUAAAUGGCUCUGCUACUGAUUACACAGUGGACGAUAACAUAUUCACUGACCUUUCUAAUGGCACUGAUGGAAACUACACAGAGGUUGACAAUUCAUUCAGUGACAUUUUUAAUAGCACUGUUAGUACCUACAACGGUGAUAUAUCUGCCAGUAGCACAACUGAAUACUACAACCCAGUCGGUGAUACUCUCAAUGAUUCUGCUAUAAACAACACAGAGAAUAACAGCACUCAUCAGCAUCAGAACCGCGUGGCCUCACUGCUGUCCAAGCGGAGGCAGAAGAGACACGUGGGGAGACGUGCAUGGGGAAACAUGGCAUUCUCCAAAAUGGUGCUGAAGUGGAGGCUGAUAGGAGAGGGCUACAGCAGUCAGCUGACCAUACAGGACCAGAGACAUGUCAUCAGCCUGGCCUUCAGGAUGUGGAGCGAGGUGUCUCCCCUGGAGUUUGUAGAGGACACAUCCUCUCCCCUGGCGGUUGUAGACAUCAAACUGGGUUUUGGAACAGGGAGACACUUGGGAUGCAACCAGAAGUUCGAUGGUACUGGACGAGAGUUUGCUCACGCCUGGUUCCUGGGAGACAUUCACUUUGAUGACGAUGAACAUUUCACUGCACCUAACACUGGCAGUGGGAUCAGCCUGCUCAAAGUGGCAGUGCAUGAGAUAGGCCACGUCCUGGGCCUGCCUCACAUCUACAGGACUGGUUCCAUUAUGCAACCCAGUUACCUGCCCCAGGAAUCAGGCUUCGAGAUCAACUGGAUGGACAGGAAGUCCAUACAGCACCUCUAUGGGGGCUGUAAGGGUCAGUUCAACACAGUGUUUGACUGGAUCAGGAAGGAGAGAACCCAGUACGGUGAGGUGGUGAUUCGUUUCAACACCUACUUCAUGAGGGACGGCUGGUACUGGCUCUAUGAGAACAGGACCAACCGAACCCGCUAUGGUGACCCGGUGGCUCUUCAGGUGGGCUGGCACGGCAUACCCCCCGGCGGGGUAGACGCAUGUGUUCACGUGUGGAACAGGAACACUGAUGCUGUCUACUUCUUUAAAGGCACCCAGUACUGGAGGUAUGACGAUGACAAUGACCAGGUGUUUACAGUGGACCCCGAGGGACACCUCUACCCUAGACUCAUCUCUGAGGGGUUCCCAGGGGUGCCCAGUCCUAUAGACACAGCCUUCUAUGACAGAAGGGACUACCACAUCUACUUCUUCAAGGGCACCUAUGUGUAUGUGUUCGACGUGACAGCCACCCGCGUGUCCCCAGGCUUCCCAAGGAAGAUCACAGCUGUGUUCCCAGCAGUAGCGUCUGGGGAUCACCCGGGCGGUAGCAUAGACGCCGCCUACUUCUCCUACACGCACAACGCUGUCUUCCUGUUCAAGGAUACACAGUUCUGGAGGGUGGUGGGGAGGAGCAGAGACCGCUGGAGGAGACCGGCGCUGCCACGCAACGGCCUGAUGCCACACAACGGCCUGCUGCCACACAACGGCCUGCUGCCACACAACGGCCUGCUGCCACACAGGAAGGUGGAGGAACAGUGGUUUGACAUUUGUAACGUUCACCCCUCAGCCCUGAAAGUGGCCCGUCGAUGA